UUUAACGUCAAAAAAAGAUGUAUUGCACUAGAUUAUUUGGUCAACGAUAACAAAAUUGUGAAAUAUUUUGCAUUAAUAAAAAAUUUCAAUUUUAGUUUGAACAAAAGCGAAGAACAAAAAACUUUACGAAAAACAGGUUGCCGGUGAUCCGAUGGAACCGAUGUUAGUGUCGAUAUUAGUGUUAUAAGAUUUAAAUCGAUAGGAAAGGAUCAUCGUAAGAAUCUCGAUAUCUUUCACUUACUUACUUUUCACGUCGACGGCACCGAAUCGAAUCCGUGAGAAAGGGUUUAGACCAGGAAGAGCUCGAUGACGCACGCAAAUUUCAAGGAAGAAAUCGUUUGAGUCGAGCAAUACACGACGAGUCAGUCGGUGCGUGGUCGAGACGCAACACACGAUUCAUACUUUUCCUUUUCCUCCUCGUCGUCGUCGUCGUCGUCGUUUUUAUCGUUGAUGUCAAUGUCCGUGAAUCAUUCGCGAUGUGCGAACGCAAAGAACAAGGAUCAAGAAGAAGAACGUUGCACGACAUCGAACGCGUCAGUGCAAAUCACACGAUUACUCCAAGAAGACGAAGAUUGUUCUCGAUCGAUCAAUAAAUUUUCUGUUUCUGAACAUCGAUCUAGUUGGAUUUUCGAGAACAAUGAGAAAGAAAAAUCUAAAGAAGAUUUUCGAGGAGAAUCGAGAAAUUUAUUUGCGAAUUUUAACGAUUCGAUGAAGAGCAAAGAUGAAAGUAAUGAAUCGAAUCAUGACAUUACUGCAAAACUCGAAACGCUUCUUCGAGUCUCUUGUGAAAACUCGGCGGUAUCUUUCGACGGGGAAGAAUAUGAUAACGAUGAAAUUUCCAAAGAGAAUAUUACUUGUCGUUUGACGUGUUGUUCUGGCGAUGCUAAUGUGCCGGAAAAAAAGAAUAAGUCAAGUUUUAACUUCGAAGAAAAGGAAGAAAAACAAUUGGGAUUAGAGAAAGAACGAUUGAUUGAUUCAAGUCCGGUUAUGGUGCCAUAUGAUCCAUCCGAAUGGAAUUCGAGUCACGUAGCGUCAUGGAUUUCAUGGUGCAGCCGAGUAUUUUCGAUAAAACCAUCACCGACAUCGAAGACUCUUCCAUCGACCGGAAAGGAGCUACUGAAAUUGUCUUUGGAGGAAUGGCAACGUUUUCCGGGUGGUCGAAUUUUGGCGAGGCAUCUCGGUUACUUACGUUUACAGGCGACCGGUGUGUACAGUCUAGCUUUGCUUCAAGAUGAGAAAGUUCAUGAAAGGUUCGGCCUCCUACAACGGACUUGCUCGCUGAUUGGAUCGACAGCUGGAACCGGUGGUUCCGGGGCGGUCGGAGGCGGACAGGUUCAACUCUGGCAAUUCCUGCUGGAGCUACUCUCGGAUUCGUCCAAUUCUUCCUGCAUAGCAUGGGAGGGAUCUAACGGUGAAUUCAAGCUAACUGAUCCGGACGAAGUAGCACGAAGAUGGGGAGAGCGCAAAAGCAAGCCCAAUAUGAAUUAUGAUAAACUUUCGCGGGCGCUCAGGUAUUAUUAUGAUAAAAAUAUUAUGACAAAGGUGCAUGGGAAACGUUACGCGUACAAAUUCGACUUUCAUGGUCUAAUGAUGGCAUGUCAAGCUCAAGCGGGCAUAGCGAUGGAUCCACCUACGUCUUCUCGAGGAACUGGACCGAACUGUCAUCCUCAUCACGCGCAUCACGCUCAUCAUCUUUAUUCGAGCGGAGGUGCAACCGCAUCUCAGCAUCAUUCUAUACCUCCGCCUCCGCCACCACCACCACCGCCGCCUCCACCGCAUUACUGUUGGCCAUAUCAUCGAUAUUCGCCACCGACGUAACGCGAACUUUUAUUCGUCGAAUUUGUGAACAACGUGAAUUUCUACAGAACUUUUUAACGAAUAAAAAGAAACGUGGAUUUAAUCGUUGUUAAGGGAAAUUCUGAAUUCGAUUUGAAAUGAACGCAAGAAUUGCAUUCGCAUUCUCAUGUACAAUUCUUAUGUAUAUUUUGUAAGACACAACUUUCUAUUUAAUAAACUUGCGAUUGAAUCUAUUCAAUAAAUAUAUACGUAUGUAAUAAUAAGGAAUAAUAAAUA